GGAGGCUGCCUCUGCGCUGGCGGCGGGACUGCCUCCUCGGCCCAGCAUGCCCAGCCCCGGCGGCGCCUGGCCCUCUCCCGGCUCCUGGGCCCUCUUCUGGGCCCUGCUGGCCUCCCCUGCCCAGGCCCAGGCCCAGGCCGCCAGCGGACCCCGGGGAGCCCCGCCGGGAAGGACCCUGCUCCUCCUCGACGUCGGCAGCCGCAGCCCCCGCCGCGUCACCAGCCCCAGCUUCCUCUCCCUCCAGAUCGACCCCUCCGUCCUCCACGACGGCUGGCUCGACUUCCUCAGUUCCCGGCGUCUGGUGACUUUGGCCCGGGGCCUGGCGCCCGCCUUCCUCCGCUUCGCGGGCAAAAGGACGGACUUCUUGCAGUUCCAGAACGUGAAGAACCCGGCCAAGACCCGCGGAGGACCCGGCCCCGACUACUACCUCAAGAACUACGAGGACGAUAUUAUUCGCAGUGAUAUUGCAUUGGAUAAGCAGAAGGGCUGCAAGAUUGCACAGCAUCCAGACAUCAUGUUGGAGCUUCAGAGGGAAAAGGCAGCUCAGAUGCACUUAGUUCUCCACAAGGAACAGUUUUCCAACACAUAUAGCAAUCUCACCCUAACAGCCAGGUCUCUAGACAAACUCUAUAACUUUGCUGAUUGCUCCGGCCUUCACCUCAUCUUUGCAUUGAAUGCUUUACGACGGAACCCCAACAAUUCCUGGAACAGCUCCAAUGCCCUCAGCCUACUCAAAUACAGUGCCAGCAAGAAGUACAAUAUCUCUUGGGAACUAGGCAAUGAACCAAAUAACUACCGAACCCUGACAGGGCGAGCAGUAAAUGGCACUCAGUUGGGCAAGGACUACAUUCAGCUGAAGACUCUGCUGCAGCAGAUCCGUACCUAUUCCCGAGCCAGCCUGUAUGGCCCCAAUAUUGGGAGGCCUAGGAAGAAUGUUGUGUCCCUCCUUGAGGGGUUCAUGAAGGUGGCAGGGAACACAGUGGAUGCUGUUACUUGGCAACAUUACUACCUUGAUAGCCGAGUGGCCAAGGUGACGGACUUCCUGAAAACGCGCCUGUUAGACACACUCUCUGACCAGAUCAGGAAAAUCCAGAAAGUUGUCAAUGCACACGUCCCUGGAAAAAAGAUUUGGCUGGAAGGCAUUGGAGCCACCUCUGAAGGAGGCAUCACCAACCUUUCAGAUUCCUAUGCUGCCAGUUUCCUGUGGCUGAAUUCUCUUGGGAUGCUGGCCAGUCAGGGUAUUGAUGUGAUAAUGCGACACUCAUUUUUUGACCAUGGGCACAACCAUCUUGUGGAUCAGAACUUUAACCCACUGCCGGAUUACUGGCUGUCCCUGCUCUACAAGCGGCUUGUUGGACCUAGAGUACUUGCUGUGCAUGUGGCUGGGCUCCAGAGAAAACCUCGUCCUGGCAGGGUGAUUCGUGAUAAGUUACGUAUCUACGCUCACUGCACCAGCCACCAUAACCACAGUUAUGUCCGUGGUUCCAUCACACUUUAUAUCAUCAACCUGCAUCGGUCCCGAAAGAAAAUCAAGUUAGUGGGAACCCUUCGGGAUAAACUCGUCCAUCAGUAUGUGCUGCAGCCCUCUGGUCAAGAAGGGCUACGCUCUAGGUCAGUGCUGCUUAAUGGGCAGCUGCUCACCAUGAUGGAUGAUGGAAGCCUACCAAACCUGAAACCACGUUCUCUUCGUCCUGGCCGGACCCUGGUGAUUCCACCACUCACAAUGAGUUUCUAUGUGGUGAAGAAUGUCAAUGCUCUUGCCUGCCGAUAUCGAUAGCUCUUGGCAUGUGGCAUUUCUUGGUAGGCUCAACAGACAUCACAGAGAAACGAGGAUGAAAAGACCCCUGAAAAAACUAGAAGAGGGUCAGUCUGAAAGCAUUGGUGGCCAUUUCACAAACUGAAUUCUUUGCCUGUACAGAUGGCAAUGACAGCACCUGCAUGAUGGACCUGAGAAAGAAGAGGAGGAGUGUUUUCCUCCUACCUCAGCUGGAUCAAAGCCAAAUUAUUUUUCUCUUUAUGGAAAGAACAAGCUAGCUGGAAUUGACUUGCAAGCUGUCCUACUGGAGAACAGAGUACUCAAAUGCUAUUGCAAAAGAUGAGUAGGGAAACUUGAACCUUCUGCAAAGUGACAUUUCCAUGGAAAGCUGCCUAUGCUGCCCUCUUCUUGACAGCCUGGGAAACAUCUUAAACUAUGGAUGCAUCUUAAACACUGAAGUCUAUCCUAAAUUGAGGACUUUGUGCCACCUGGUGGCCAGGUAGAAUAAUUUUAAAAGAGAGAUGAUCUCUUGGCUAUUUUUGCUGAGCAUAUGGAAAGGUAUUGCGUCCAUCAUUCCAGUAGCUACCAAAAGGGUACCAACAGGGAAAGCUUUAUAAUUUAGGCCUUUAAGCUUUAUUCCUGUGGACACUAUUUCCCCCGCUGGCAACCAUCACAAAAACAAAGUAUACACAGUUGACAAUAGAGAACUCUAUGCAGUUUUUGGACAUGAGAUGGAGCCCAGAAGAGUAUGCAAACAGAUGCAGUUGUGCAAGGCAUGUGCUGAUGCAGGACCCAGAACAACCUCUUACAAAAAUAAGCAGCUAAUUGUUGCUGCAGAGGAAAGGCAUACACCAUAUGUCAAUCCAGAUAAAAACUAUUGGGAUGUCUGCAGCUGCUUCAGUUCAGCAGCAUUGUCGGGUGGAGGAGGAGAGGGUUUGGUAUUGGCCACUGUCAAUAAUGCUGCCACCUGGGAGCAUUUGCUGCAAAUCUUAAUUAUUAAAUUAUAUUUUCUGAAGAACUGAAAAGGGUACUUGAAUAACUGGGAGAAAGGAAUUUGUCAGAGAUUGGCCCUGCCUUCAAGGAAGAAAUUACAGUUCAAAAUGGCAGCCUACAUACUUGAAAGUUGCUAUCAUAUUUUUGUUUCAGGACUCUGGGCCUGGUUGGUGCCUAUACUCUCUACAACUGGUACUUGCAUUUCACCAGAUUGCACAGCUAAUUUCAGCUGUCAACCAUAUUUCCCUUUGAGUAUU